CUGUGUAGAGGCGAGACAGUGUUUGGACAAAGGGAGCACACAUUAUAAACCAGGUCAAAGUCCAGUUGUUUUGUGUUUUUUUUAAUGAAGGACUUUGUCCACAGCUUCACAGCAUCAGGCUGAACUGACUGAGAUUAAACAGAGCUUCAGGAUGAUUUCCCUGAGUGAUGGACUCUCUUUUAAAUCUCGGCUCAGUUCUCUCAGAGCUUCAGUUUUUCACCACACAGUGAUUCUCCUUCUGCUGGCAGAGGCAUGUGGAGGUCAGUCUCAGGUGGUUGGACCAUCUGAACCAAUAGUAGCUUUAGUUGGUGAUGAUGUCAUUUUGCCAUGCCACCUGGAGCCUGCAGUUGAUGUUGUUUCUGGGAGUGUGGAGUGGGGAAGACCUGACCUGGAGCCCAGAUUUGUCCACGUGUGGCAUCUAGGUCAAGACCUUCUGGUGAACCAGAACCCGUCUUACCAGGGACGGACGUCAGUAUCUGCCGAGAACCUGAAGCACGGAGACCUGUCUCUGAGACUGUCUGCAGUCAAACACUCUGAUAAUGGGAAAUACAGAUGCUACUUUGCCUCACAGGCCAAAGAAACUACUGUUGAGCUCGUUGUUGGUUCUGUCUCUGCACCUGUCAUAUCAGGGAUUAACCUAAACAGCAGCACAGUGGUGUUAGAGUGUGAGUCUAAAGGCUGGUAUCCAGAGCCUGAGGUGUUGUGGCUGGACGGUGAGGGAAACCUCCUCUCUGCUGGACCUACAGAGACAGUCAGAGGUCCUGAUGACCUCUAUACUGUCAGCAGCAGAGUGACUGUGGAGAAGAGACACAGCAACAGCUUCACCUGUAGAGUCCGACAGAACAACAUCAACCAGACCACAGAGACAGAGAUUCAGAUUUCAGCUGAAUGCUUCCCGGCUACAUCUGUUUCUACUGUUCGUUUCACCAUGGUCUUGGUUGUUAUCCUCAUCUUUACUUGUGUAGCAGCCUUUGUUGUGUGGAAAUGGACACAAAACCAAAUGAAAGAUGCAGAGAUGAAUCAGGAGGAGAGAGAGAGAGAGAAACUUCUGGCAAGGAGCGAGAAAAAGGCAAAACUUGACCAAGAGCUACAGAGGAGAGAGGAGGAGGAGAGAGACUUGGACCAGAUGACUAAAACAGUGACAGAACAGAAGGAGGAACUGCAAAAACUUAUCGAUGAACUCAAACGUCAGAAGGAUGAAAUGCAGAGAGGGAUGGAUGACAUUGAGAAGAGGGCUCAGUCAGUGGAGAAGGAAACAGAAAGUGACAGAGCAAAGGGAUUCUUGCGACUGAAAGAAAUCAUAUUAGAUGCCAAGAGACAGCUGCAGGAGAGAAAACAAGCACAGGAACAAUUGUUAAUGUGUUCACAGACAUUAAUGUGUAAAACAGAUGUUGUGUUUAAAAAGAUGACACAGAGGAAGAAGGGAGUAGAGGAACUGAAAGAGAAAAUCAUCGACCAACUGGAGGAGACAGAGAAACACAGAAAUGAGAUUCAGAGGAAACUGAGGUCAAAGGAGAAAUAUGAAACCUGAGCCACAGAAGUUUUUUUCCUGACGCUGAUAAAGAUUUAUUCAUAUCAGUAAUCAGACAAGUGAACAGCUGUUUCACAGCAUUUUCCUACAUUGUUUUAUGAAUUGUCAUCAGAGGAGUGCAAAAUAGAUGCACAAGUACUAACAUUACUUCCUACAAACUCUUACAAAGUAAUGGAAAUAGUGAUAUUUGCCGAGACUAUGAGACAUUCACCUUCAGAAACACCUGUAUCUGCUGCCACAUGACUGGUUGACUGGACAAUUGCAUGAACAAGCAGCUGUUAACAUCAGCUGGGAUAGACUCCAGCCCCCUGCUGCCCUUAUGAAUAAGCAGUAUAGAUAAUGGAUGGAUGGAUGUGAAGGCAUUUGUUUUAUGAAUAUUUUUGUCUGGGUUCAUAUUCUUUACACUUUACCUUCGUAGCCAUUUCCUACUGUAAAUGCAUUUUAAUAUUUUGUCUUUUUUUCUUUGGUAUGAUUAUCUGAUAAUAAUAACAUGAGUUCUGUUCUUUAUUUUAUGUGUUUGGUUUAACAAAGAUUCCUGAUCAAUGUCCAGAAACAGACUUAAAUAAACUAACAAAUCAAUGCUGAAA